GGCCGGGUUAGAGCCGGUAGGUUCCGUCCUCCAGUAUGCCCCCUGCAGCGGGGGAGCCCCCGCGCGGCGGUGAGAGCGAUCGGCGGUGGGCUUGGGCUUCCCUUCCCUCAGACGGUCCGUGCCGGGCCCGCGCGGGGGGUUCCCGCUCCCCGCGGCUCCGCGGCGUCGGGACCGUCACUGGUAGAGGCCGUGGGGGCCUCUGCCUCGCCGCCCUGCUGGCGGCCAUCGCCUGUCCGCGGCCGUCCCCCACACCCCGCCCGUGACAGGCCCCCGAGAGGCCUCACACGCAGCCCUCCCCGCGGGGCCUCUCUCGGGCCGCCUUGCUGGAGCCCGGCGCUGCCGGCAGAGCCAGUCGUGCUGCCCGCGGCCUCGAGAGGUGACGAGGGAGCGUGGAUGGGCCUUCCUCCAUGUUUGUUUCCUUCCUCAGAGGCAGACGUGCGGCCCGAGGCGCAGUGAGCGUCAGCUUCCAGCUGAUGGUGCAGGAGCUGGAGCUUUGAUGGAAGUAGUGGCUUAAGGACCUCGCUCCCGUGCCAAAGACAUUACAAAAAGGAAAGAGGCCCGAAUCGGUGGCGUUGUGUUUCCUAUGGCCAAGGCAUCCAGCGCAGGACUGGCAACUGCGGACCCCCGGGUGCUGGCCUUAGCUGCUCAGGUCACAGAAAGCACAGAACAGGACACCCCCCUGCUACUACUGAAGUUAAAGGACAUUUUAAAUAGUGCUUCCUUGGGAUGUGAAGAAUCAAAAAGAAUUAAGCAUGAUAUAUACAGCUAUGAUCUGACUCAGUACUGCUUGCUGGUGCUUAGACAAGACCACUCUCGACUGCGUGGAGGCUGGGCUACUGCUGUCCAGCUAGCAGAGAUACUAAGCCAUUGUUGUGUAGGACUAGAGGUGAAAGAAGAUCCUGAGGAAUUUUACAAGAAGUUUCUUCCUUCGGCUAUAGACAACCUGCUGUUUUUGGGAAGACGCUUGCAGGCACGAUUUAUCCGAGCAAUCAAGGCUGAAGAAAAACAGGAUUUUUUAUGCUGGUUCCAAACAGUUACUGAUGCCAUCUGCUGGCUGCUCGGCGGGCACGUGCAGCUGGCAGCAUGUGUACUGCAAAACAGUCACUUCCUGCAGUUGUUAAUAACAGAUGAUGUGGAAGCAGCAGUUACAAUGAUGUCUGUUUUACACAGAAUUUUGACAGUCAAUAGUUCUGUCUUGCUUCACGUUGGUGAAGAGACCCUUCACUCUGUUUUGGAUGAACUUGUUUAUAAGCUUUCGUCUACCACCAAUCCUGUUGUAGGAAAUGCUGCUACAAAAGUACUGUUGUUGGUGGUAAAAUUCUGCAAGCAGCUUGUGGAGUUACUCACCACUCGCUACAAAGGAUUAAAAGGGCUUUUAAGUAAACAGUGGGCUGGCAAAGGUUUUGACAGGGAUCUCAGUCAACUCUUGGACCUGCUGUACUUGGAACAAUCCAAUGGAAAAGGAGAAUUGCAGAGCCAGCAUCAAGCAGCUUGUAUAAUCCAGGCUAUGUGGAGGGGACAUCAGACGAGGAAAAGGCUGAAAAAACUACCUCAAGCAGUGACCACUUUACAGAGGAGCUUCAGAGCUAAACGGGAACAAGAGCUGCAGCAUUUACAAACACAGAAGGAAGAUGAAGCUCUAAAACUGCAAAUGCAACUUCAGAGGCAGAAGGCCAUGAGACUCUUCCAUGAACGACAGCUGGCCUUACUGGAAAUAAUCCAUGCCAGUCAGGUAAAUAAGUACCUGGAGGAAAUGGAAGGGAAAUCAGCAUUAACCAUCCAGAGAUUCUGGCGAGGCUAUAGAGCAAGAAGAAAUUUUCAUCAACAGAGACAGUCCCUUAAGGAGUAUAAAGCAGCUGUUGUCAUUCAGCGAGCAGCUUGUAAAUUCUUGGAAAGAAGAAGAAGGAGGAGACCUCUCUCUCCUUGGAAAGAUCCCAAGGGACUGACUGAUGAGCAGAGAGUAGCUUUGCAGCAGAAGGUGGAUGACUACAUCAAAUUGCAUCCGGCUUCCAAAAUGUCAGAAGAAAUGAGUAAAGAAUUACAUCUGCAGGCCCAGGAAAAGCUGGCCCAGUUCCUGUUGAGGAACAAGCUGGAUCAGAGAGCAGCGCAGCGGAGACAGGCGUUAUUGGCGCAGGUCAACACCGAUGUGGAGCUGCUAAUGAAUGCUCCAGGGUUAGCAGAGACCACGGAAAAAGAUCUUGAUGUCUUCAUGAGUCGAUCAAUCCCUGUAGCUACCAAGGCAAGACAAACCCACAACACUAUGCUGAAAUACAAUCGCUUGCCAUGGUGGAAGAAGCUUGGAGAUGAGUUUAUGGACGAUGAUGUCAUUCCUGAUGAUGCCCUACAUGCUGAACUGGGAACUUUAUUUAUUGGUGGAAGGAAAUUUUAGGUGACAGGCAGAAGAAUUUCUUGCUGAACCAGACUCAGAUCUUGCACUGUGCAUUCACUUGCAUGUGUUUUUAAGGAAGGAAAACAUUUGACUUGUAAGACAAAGCACUGAAAAAGACCAAAGCCUUAUUUUAGUGUAUUUCACUUCUCUUAUUAAGUAUCUUUUCCAGUACAUCAGCAGUUACAUCCUAUCGAUUGUACUGCUGCAAAUGGGAUUUAAGUUCUGUAGUUGUAAAUGAGAGUAUUUUCUAAUGUGUGUCACUUUAAAAGUAAGUUCAUAACCUUUGUCUUUUCAGUGUUUAUUCACACUUAAAUGUGUAAAGAAGUCAUGCCAUUGCAAAAGAUUGGGCUUUUAUAGCAAAAUAUGUUUUCAGGUGAUGUGCUUUGAGAUAAAGAUGGGUUCAGAACAAACCAAAAUGCCAGUCAAGCAAGCGCUAGGCAGGCUGGGUGCUUACUGAAGGGUAGAACAGCUGACUCAAAUAGCACACAGGCGAAGCUUGGCCUGAGGAACCUCUGCCAGCCUCUGGAGAGCAGCAGGGGAAAGAGCAAGGGGAGGAGAAAGAAUGCCAGUACCCUUGGAUUCUGUGUAUUUUCCUUUUAAAAGCAUGCAGUUCUUUCCCCAGCCAAUGCAGUACAUUGUAACGUGAGUGCAGUCCAAACUGAUGGCACCGUAACCUCAGCGUGACCAUCUGGACCAUCAGCUCUGUCAUCUUAGGCCAUGCAGAUGCAGAUUAAUCCAGAAAGGUCUCCAGCACAUGGCCUCUGCAGUCACUGUGGCCUCAUACACAGUGAAAACUGGCAGUUAAGAGCCAAAGGCUGCUGCUUGCUCAUGUGCCCAGAAAGCAAGGAGAACUCGAGGCUGCAGCCUGCUAUAGGUGCCUGCACUAUUUUUUAAGUGAGAGGCCCAGAGAGUCUUAAGAAUUACAUCUUGCCUCACUGCAGAGGAGCAAAAAGUGCAGGGAUUUCUGCCAGUUGUGUGUGGGCAACUAUGCUGGUUCAGCAUGUUUGUUUUCCAUUCUGUCUAGAAGGUUUUGAGUUUUAGUUUUAGUGGAGAUGAAUGGAAAACAAAUAAAUAGAAAUUGUGGGCAGAAGCCCAGGCCUAUUCAGAUACAUUGAAAUUAAUAACUGGGCAGCUGCCAAGAGGAAGAGCUUUGCUCUAUGUCAGUUUUUUUAACAGAGCUGUGAUUUGGAUAGCACUGAAUUGGCUCUUGGUUCCUUUCUUGUAGCAUUA